ACCUUGUCCCGGGGUAAACCAAAAACAGCAGAAUGUUGCGCUUACCUUUCAUCGUUGUCCUGGUUGCUGCAGCCGCUUUUGUCCCAGGCGCCCUGAGCCAUGACCCACACGGUGGCAUUGAUAGCAAAUGCCCGAUUGUUAUCAAGGUCCUGGACGCUGUCAGAGGCAUACCAGCUUCCAAUGUGACUGUCAAAAUCCUUAAAGAGGAUGAGAGCCAUAGUUGGACUGUCCUCAGCACUGGGAUGACAGGACAAGCUGGAGAAGUCCACGACAUUGUGACUGAGGCAACUUUCGUUGAGGGAGUGUAUAAGGUCCACUUUGAAACUAGCACCUACUGGAGCAGCCUGGGACUCGCUCCCUUUUAUGAUUGUGCUGAUAUGGUUUUCUCUACAAUCCACCGUGGACACCACCACUACACACUUGCUCUCCUUCUGAGCCCGUACUCCUAUUCCGCCACAGCAGUGGUCAAAGACUUUCAGCCUCAUGUUCAGGGUCAAAAUCAUACUCACGAUCACGAUCACGAUCACGAUCACGCGUAAACACACUUCUGCAGUCGGCAAAAUAGCUGCAGAUGAGAAGACCAUGUGGAGUUCAAACUAGAAGUGUAAUAAGUGGUCAAGAUUUUGUUGGUAUGAACUGAAAUUGCUAAAAUAGUCGCUAUUUACUGUGAAUUUCAGCACAUCUUUGGGCCUCAUCAGAAACUGAGCAAAAUAAAACUCUUUCUGUCACG